AUGAAGCUGGUCCAUGCACACUCUCGCACCGUCGUCGACCUGCCCGAUGGCGCGCUUCCCCCCUACGCCGUUCUCUCGCAUACGCGCGACGCGGCUGACCAAAAGCCGUCUGUUGGUUCUGCUGAUACUACCAAUACCCCGCCACACUAUUCGCCAUACCCGGUCUCCUCCGCACCCCCUUACACAUCUUACACCUUGGGCCACCGUGCCCCGCCUGCCGCGCUCCUCUUCCCCGUCGACAAGUUGGAGCAGGCCUGCGAGCAUGCGUGCCGGAGCGGCCUCGACUACAUCUGGAUCGCCGACCUGUGCAUCGAUAAGACGUCCACGGCCGACCUCGACGACGCCGUCAACGGAUCCCGGCGGCGCCUUUGCAACGCCGCCGUCUGCCUCGCCUUCCUGCACGACCUCGACGUGACGACGACGGCCAACGACCGCGACGAUGACGAUCUAUCCUCCUCCUCCGCGGCGGCGUGGGCACGCUGCCGGUACUGGCAGCGCGCCUGGACCCUUCAGGAGCUCGUCCUCGCCCCGCGCGUCCGCUUCUACGACCGCCAGUGGAACUACCGCGGCGACAAGGACUCGCCAGUCCUCGCGCCGCUGGUCGCCCGCAUCACUGGCAUCCCGCGCCGCGUACUACUCGACAGCACCGCACUCUCUGACGUCGCCCUCGCCAUGCGCUUCGCCUGGUCCGCGCGCCGCGCCGCCGCCCGCGACGAGGACACGGCGUACGCCCUUGUUGCCCUCACAGAGGCCACGCUGCCCGUGCGCUACGGUGAGGGGGCCACCCGCGCUUUUCUGCGCCUGCAGGAGGAGCUGCUGCGCGACACGCGCGACGGCUCCCUGCUGGCGUGGCGGAGCGCACGUGAGGGCGAUGUCCGAGGCCUGUUGGCGCGGUCACCGGCCGAGUUUGGGCACUUUGCGCCGGCACCGGCCAAGGCCAAGGAGGAAUUACCGCUGCAGCGGCCGUGGGUAUUCAACGGCAAGAUUCGGUUCAGCAACAAGGGCAUCGAGAUCGAGUCCCGCGCCCGCCAAGGGCCCGGGUACGUGUUGCUGUCGAUUGGGCAGAAGCGGCAGGAUGUGGGCACAGGCAGCAGCGUGGCCGUUUGCUUCCGCGAGUGGAACGGCGUCUAUGUGCGCGUGACGUGCGCGUCGCGCGUGUCGGCGCUGGCGCUGCCGAGCUGGCGCUCGAUUGACGUCAUGCGCGACGUGGACCCGUGUGAUGCUGUGUCACUGCGGAGCCUAUUUAACAGGCUGCCGUAUCACAUUGACGUGGCAGGGCAUCAGGGCUGCUACGAGGAUGCCUGGCGAGGGGGCAGCCUGGUGCCUCGCGUGGCACCAGGCAGCGCACAGGGGCUUAGGCAGCAGCGUCUCGACCAGGACAAGGACAUGAGGUUAGACGAAGAUGAGGCCAUGCUAGUGCUGUCACCCCAAACAAGUCACACGCCACCCUCGAAUCACUCGGAAGGCAGCUACAUAAAUAUAGCCAUGACCGGCUCCUGGAUGGGAUCCCAAGAAGAGCAACAUCAGCACCCCAACUUGCACUUGGACAAGCACAAGAACAAACACCAACCCGCCGCGCACCAAACCCACGACGACGAUAUCUACUCUGACGCCGGUAUUGAGGACGACGCCCUCUUCUCUGCCGAUAGCGACCCAGGAAGUCUGACGUCCCACAGCGCCAGCGCCAGCGCCAGCGUCACCGAGUCAGACUGGGGCGACGACCACGGCCCAGACAGCAACGACCACCACAACUUCUUUCUGGCGAGAGCGUCCGGCAGCGAGGGAGACGACGACGCCGACACCAUGGCCACCGAGACCCGCAGCACCACGACCCUCACCGCCGAAGGGGACCACGGCGGCGAGACCACGGAGCUCAUCAUGCAGCCGUCCAUCCGGGACCAGAUCUUCCAAAUCUCUCUGGAGCGAGUCCUCGUGCGGGUCGACCUGGCCCCGUACGAGGAGCUGCCGACAAACUGCGUCACGCCCGCGGCGCGCGACGGCAAGGCGCAGCGGUACGCAGUGCCCCACGAGACGACAACCUCCCCGCGUGGCUACUAUCACCUUUCGUGCCCGUUUUACGUCGUGGACCCUGAGAUGCACAGCAGCUGUGUCCUCGACGGCCAUGACCUCAACAGCAUCCCCGACGUGUUCCAGCACCUCCGCGACGUGCACGAGCGACGUGCACUGGAUCGGCCGGUCUGCGCGCGCUGCCACUGCGUCUUUGACGACUUCGACAAGCGUGACGCGCACGCCCAGCUCCGAGCGUGCCCCAUCGCCGGUCCCUCUGCGCUGCACACCAUCGUCGCCCGCAAGGGCGUCUCCCGGCUGCGCGUCGACGAGAUGGAGCUCAACGACCGCGUGGUCCACGGCCGCGUCCGGAGCUGCGACGAGGACGAGGCCGAGCGCUGGGGACGCAUCUUUGUGGCCAUUUUCGGGCAUGACCUGCCCGUUGGCUGCGCUGACUGGUACUUGCGCAACAACAAGCGCUGCGUUGACCCGUACCUGCGCAGCGGCAACCGCCUCGCCGUCUCCAAGCUGCACGACUUUUGGGUCGAGCACGGCGAUGAAUGCAUCGCUGACGGCUUCACGGCCGCCGGCUUCGACUUGAAGACGCUGAGUGCCGACAACGCCCCCACUGAGGAUGAUCUCGAUGCGCUCUACUCAGCGACUCUGUUGAGGCUCAUCGCCAAGAUCUACCACGAGUACGGUCGGACUGGACCGCAGACCUAA